CUAUCGUUUGUUUCUUUAAUGUAAUAAUGUAUUUAUUUUCAAACCGAUUAUUUCAUAACCUCAUUGAGGGACAGAAAUAGAGAUAAUUUAAGGACAGAAUCUAACAAGUUAUUGUAUUUACAAUCGAUUAACUCCAAAUAAUCUUGAAACAAUGAUUACCUAAUGAGCUCGAAACUCGUGCAUUUAUUUCAAGUAUUUUUAUCCAAUCCAUAAUUUUAAUCUUGAAUCCUGCAUGACAAUCAAUAGUAAAUAUUUACAUUUUUGUAUAUUAGCUUUCGUCCACAGUUUUGACUUCUGCACAAAGUUUGGCUGCGACAACCGGACCGAUGUUUAUACAAUACAAUACAGCACACUGCAUAACAUUAGUUAUGGUGUUCAUACUUGGAACUAUUUAACUUUCAGGUUAUGAGACCCAGACGCUGAGUUUGUACCGUGAUUGAAAUGUUUUAAAUUUGAUACUUCUUGCAAAAGUAUAAAGCAAUUUUUUGUUAUACUGUGUCACUUGAAUAAAUAAAGAACAAAAAUGGCAAGUUCAAGACCUAGACGUUCCAAUGCUGGUAAUAAAAUGGCCAAACUUCUCAAUGAGGAGGAAGAAGAUGACUUCUACAAAACCACUUAUGGUGGCUUUGAAGAAACAGAACAAGACAAUGAUUACAAACAAGAAGUAGAAGUAGAAGAUGAAGUUGACUCAGAUUUCAGUAUAGAUGAAAAUGAUGAGCCUGUAUCAGAUCAUGAAGUUGAAGAAAAAAAAAGACAAAAAGGUGUUUUUACUAAAGCUUACAAAGAACCUGCUAAACCUUCUUCAUCCAAAAGUAAAGAAGUGCCAAAGAAAAAAAAAUUUAAAGAAAAAGUAACAAAAGAAAAAGUUCCUCGGAUACUAAUAGAAAAUAUUGAAAGAAAAUCCAUACGCAGAUCAACUGCAGCAAAAUCUGCAGAAACUUUAAAAAGAUUAAAAGAGCGAACGGAAGAUCAAAAAAAGAAAGUUAAAAUUGCCAAACAAGAUGAUUAUAAGCCUUCACAAGAAGAAUUAUUAGAAGAAGCACUUUUAACUGAAGAAAUUAACUUAAAAUCUUUAGAAAAGUAUCAGAGAUUGGAAAAUGAAAAAAAAAAUGCAAGAGCCAUUCGUAAACCAAAUGUUGGACCAAUGAUUAGAUAUCAAUCAUUUUCUAUGCCAGUUAUGGUAUUGUCCUCAAGUAUGAUAAAAGAAAAAGAUACGCUUGUAGACUUAGACGUGGAAGAAUCUUCAAAUAAAACUGAUAACAAGAGCAGUAACAAAGAAAAAGAGAGUAAUGAAAUUGAUAAUGAUAAUAUGGAUGACAACAAAGAACAGAACUUUGAUUGCAUAGAAACUAAUGGAUUCUAUGAAAGAACUUUUGUUACUUUUGAAAGUGUUCAGCAAUUUGAAGAAAUUUUUAAGAAAAAAAUUCCACCGAGAAGAACCUUAAAAUCCUUAUGUGCCAUAACAAGGUAUCCAGCAAAAUACAAAGAUCCAGUCACAAAUUUACCUUACAGAAAUAUACAAACUUUUCGCCUUUUGAGAGAUGCGUAUUAUCAGCGACUUGAAGCUAAGGCAAAUAGCAUUGACUUGGAAUCAAAUCCAGAACUUGCUCAAUGGAUUGAGUAUAGACAUAAAUAUCAAAGUAAUACUCUAAGAAAUACUGUGCGGCUAGAACCAGCAUCAGCUUCUUCGCUUUCUUCUGGAAUGGCUCAUUAACUGUUAGAAACUAAUAUUAUCAUUGUAAUAUAAUUGUCAAUAAUAGAAUUUAGUUAAGUUAAAGGACUAAAGGAGGUUAACUUUAUUAGGAAUGAUCAAGUGCAUACUUAUGCACCCAUGCUUAUGUACCAUCAUCUCAGUCAGAAAUUUUUUUUUAUAUUCAAUUUUUAUAAUAAAAUUUUAUAAGCAUCAGCCUUUGAAUAUGAACUAAUACUCAAAAUGUAUAUUUCAUCUUGAUUCUUGUCACAUGCAAUUAAAAUUGAAAACAUAUCAUUUAAAUCAGGAGGUAGGUAUAAUAUACACAUAGUUCAAGGAAAAUGAUCCAUAUUUAUUUAAAAGUAAAAUUAUGAUCGACGCAAAAAACGUUAUUAAAUCUCGUUUCUUCUACCUUUAUCAUAAAAUUAUUUAUUAGUCAAAUGCAUUUAAGAUCAUUCAAAAGAACUACUUAAAAUCUUUUUUCUGUUUCUUUCAAAUCUUUAGAAUAAUCCUUUGAUAUCUUUCUUUUUUUGGGGAACCUGAGAUUUUAAUAAUAAUCGAUGAUUUUUCUUCUAUACAAAAAUUUCAAGUAUUUUCGAUUUCCAACAAUUAAAAAGUAUUUAGAUAAGAAGUCAUUGUUUCAAACAUCUAUAAUGAACUUUCUUAUAUUAAGCCCUUUCAAUGAAAAAUCAAGUGAAAGCUCUUUAGAAACUUACACGAUUAUUAUUAUUAUUCUUUUAAGUUUAAUAAGAAAUUGUAAAACAUAAUAUAAACUUUUAACCACGAUGUUUAUGCGUAUGAAAAGGAACGAAAUAUUUUAAUUGUACUUUAUCAUGAAAUCAUAGUCAAGUUGAAUACCAAGAGGAAUUUUACAUUACAAUUUUUUCAAAUAAAAAAGAGAGCAAGUCUAUAAAUAAAACAUUACUUUGACUAAUUAUAUGGUGAGGAUGAUGCUGUGCAUAAGAAUAAAAAUGACUGCCUUUGAACACAGUUUGUUUCUACUUUCUUUUCAUCCGCAACAAAGUACAUACAAAUUUAUACACUAUUAUUAAAAUCAUCAACUUAUUGGAUCAUCAAAAGUUUUUUCCCAUAUAAAUAACAUAUGACGUUCAACAGCAGAGAGAAUUGCGAUUUGUUGCCAUGCUUA